UUCAUUCUCAGGUUUAAGCUGUUUUGAUAUUGAAGUUUAUCAAUAACUUUAUCUCUUGCUGAAUUAGAUAAAUCCUUUACUAAAUUCAAUAUAGUAUAUGAAGCAGCAACAUAACAUUUCCUCUUCAAGUUUUUAAAAUUGUUGAUACAGAGUUAGGUAUUUUGAAUUAUAUAAAAUUCAUAAUGGACCCUACCCCAGGGGAACAUGACUGCCUCAUGCCUACCAAUUUAUCUAAAGGAAAAACAAGCGACAUUGCUACACCUGUGGGUAAACCCAACUCUAAUUUGGAUGGAAUUAAACAGCCUCAGCCUCCUCCAUACGCAGGUGCACGUUCCGUACCAUUUAAUCAGACAGAGUCAAAUGGCGAGAUUCAAUCCAGCAUGAUUCAAAAACACCGAAGGGUAAUUUUAAAUGUGGGUGGAGAUCGACAUGAAAUUUUGUGGGACAAUUUGGCCCGUUAUCCAUACACCCGUCUUGGACAAUUGGGAGAUAGGUACAGGUCACUUUGGGAGGUUGGUUAUAGCUCACGUGAUGAAAUUUUAAAUCUGUGUGACGACUAUGACUUGAGUGCGAAUGAGUAUUUUUGGGACCGACAACCUCGCACAUUUCCAUUUAUCCUAAACUUGUACAGACGGGGCAAGCUGCAUCUUCCUGAGGAUUUAUGCGUGCUGGAAUUUGACGAGGAUUUGCAAUAUUGGGGAAUUGAUGAGCUUUACCUUGAUUCUUGUUGCCAAAUUAAAUUUCAGCAGAAAAAAGAACAGCUUAUUGCAGAAAUCAAGAAGGAUGAAGAGUUUCUGUCUUCUCACAAAGAAGAAGACUUUGGCAAAGGAAUGAUUUCAGGAAUGAGAAAAUAUUUAUGGAAUUUGUUUGAAAAGUCAUCCACCCUACCACAAAAGAUUACCGGGAUGCUCUCAAUCACUAUCAUUGUCCUCUCCAUUUUGACUUUGAGUCUUUCCACUGUUCCAGAGUUACAAGUAUUCAAAUGCAAACAUGACAAUGAAUCUUUAUGUGAGGAUUUAUUAUCGUCGGACGACAAUCCCAGUCCAGAGCAACAUUUUAUCCUGACAGACAAUGAGAUUUUAGAAACCCUGGAAAUCGUUUGUAUUAUUUGGUUUACUGCCGAAUACCUCAUCCGUCUUUUCGCGGCUCCAAGCAAGCGCAAAUUUUUCUGCGGGGUUUUAAACAACAUUGACCUUCUUGCCAUUGCGCCAUUUUAUGUGUCACUUUUCCUCGUUCAACUCGAUACACCGGGUCGUUUAGUUCAAGUGUUGCGAGUAUUUCGGAUUCUGCGAAUAUUUAAACUUGCCCGCCACUCAAUAGGACUGCAAAGUUUGGGAUUCACGCUUCGCCACAGUUAUAAGGGUUUGGGUGUUCUCCUUUUGUUUUUGAGUACACGCUAAAAACUAUACGCUUCAGCUGAAGUAAAAAACUACUUUUUUCAAAGCGAAAAGUGCUCCUAUGUCAGAUCAAGUAAUGCAGGUCAAAAUUCCAAUAAGUAACCACUAUUGCUUUAGUGCAAGCACUUGGUACCCUAUAUAUGGGACAU